GACGAAUGACCCAAAAUCUCGUCCUAGGGGACUCCUCUCUCGCGCAUGAUUAAUCUAUCGCGUGGAUCCCAUAUCUGAUUCGCAUCUUGCAUUGCACCGCCCACUUGUCCUGACGCCGCCGUCAUGGUCGCCGUCGAUGUCGCCCAAGCUUACGCCGAGGGACGAGUACCUACCAACAUAUCGUAUAUUACACCGGAAUACCUGAGCGAGUCGCGCGAUGGACCUGCAAUAGCAGGAAUACUGGCAAUAUACAUCAUCACCACUGUUCUGCUCAUAUGCAGAUUCGCCUCUCGCAUCUUCAUCGUUAAGAGCUUCGGACUCGAUGACGGCAUCGCGGCCUUUUCCUGGGCGUGCUUUUCGGCCUUCAUGGCUCUCUGUCUGAUCUUGAUCUAUGAAGGCAGCGGUCGGCAUAUUGAGUACAUCCAAUAUGUGCUCAGCCUGUCCGAGGUGGAGCAGACAGAGGUGAACGACUAUGCAGCGCAUCUCAUAUACACGGCCACCUUGUACUUCUGCCGACUGAGUGGGCUCGCAUUUUUCAAUCGACUCUGUAGCUCGCAUCCGACUUUUCGAAUCGCUAUCUGGGCCUGCGGAUUCUUCUUGACCGCGACGUUCAUCGUGCAAUUUCUUCUCAUUCUUCUGCACUGUCUUCCAGUUACUGGACUGUGGCCCUAUGCAUGGCAGAGUGUUUCAGGAACGUACACUUGCCUCAAUUGGGGCGUGGUUUAUGUGACGAACAGCUCGCUGUCGCUGGUGAAUGAUUUUGUGCUGUUCAGCAUCCCAAUAGCCAUGAUCGCGAUCUUGCAGCUUCCCAAAGGCCGCAAGAUAGUGUUGUCUCUCGUAAUGCUUCCUGGAACACUUGUCAUCGGCAUCUCAUGCGCACGUCUCUGGCUUUGCGUCGUUGGUCAAUGGCGGACCGACGGGUCAUGGUACUAUAACCCGCAACUGGUCAUUGAAGUAGCAGAGAUCGGAGGCACAUUGAUCGCCCUCUCCGUCCCGAGCUAUAAGCCGAUAUUAAGUCGAUGGUACGGCCAGAUGAAGAGCACUGUUGAAGCCUCCCAUGGUCCAUCCUCGAAAUAUGGCGCAGGAGUGUCGAAUCGCAAAAGUUCUGUCCCUGCGCUUUGGGGACCAGAGGCUGCCGACUCGAAGAUGAAGACAUCAAUCCAGAGUUGUGGACCUUCUGGAGCCUCGAGAGAUUCGUCAGAUGACAGUCUGCUCACUCCUGAUGACAACAUCUACGUGACGACGGAUGUUAACAUGAGGUCAAUUCCAAUGGCCAGGAUAAGGAAGAACAGCGGGUGGGAUUGACGUAGCGAUAUAGUUAAUUAGACGACUACCAUAUCAAUGUUUCAAGACAACUCGUCAAUAGCUCGAGGCCGAUGAUUCCCCGAAGGCAAACUCCAGGACUGGAUUUUCGGGCGCCGUGAUAGACGUUGCAGCACGAGCCGGGAGUGCAAGGCGACCCAAGCUCGAAGUCGAAACAACCCCGCAGCCGGCAGUCACUCGAGAAUCUUCAACUCGUUUGUGUGAAUGGAUACACCGUUCAUUUAUCUGCCAUCGAUGGUGACAUCUGGGGAAGCAAACUCCUGGUACAGUUUGAAAAAGUGAGAAGCUCAGAAGCUCCGGUAACACAAGACAUACAGAGUGACCUCGCGAGUGACUAUCGUAAUGACUUCGAAGUAAAUAGACUAGAAAGCAGUCUUACCAGCCACCCCAGCCGCCUCUUGCAGCAACACUACGUAAG